UAAUGAGUUGUGGAAAAAGCAUCAAGCUUUGUCAGCGCCAGCCAUUUGCACGCCUCAAAUCCCACUCUUGUAAUUACUGUUUUUAAUGAAACGAGAGAGGCCCUUCUUCUACAUUUAACUGAAAUUCGCCAAAAAUGUAAUUCCCACUCAUCAAAAUUCAGACACAACUCAGAUUCCAUGUUUUAAUAAAUUAUACAGAGCAGAAUAGGAAAAUUUAGAAAUAGUAGCAACGGGAUGAGCGCCACCAGCUGUUUGUCAUUAUUGUUUUUGUUUUUUAACGAGGAGGAGCUUCACCGCUCCCCCCUUCUAAUUCUGCCUCCGACUCAAGUCAAGUACCCUUGAAUUCUGUUCUUGGUAACAUCUAUAUAUGAAUUGCAUUGUUCAAGGGAAAAUAAAAUGUGUUCUUGGAACUAGUGGAGGAGUAGCUGAAGAGAUUUGAGCUAAUUUCAGAAGAGCCCUUUUGGUUUUUCUUCAUUCUUGAGAGUUACUUACUAUGGCCGAAGAAAUCUGUCUUUUCACAAAGGAUUCCAUAAUCAUAAAACCUCCCAAGAAAUCUCUGGCUUCGAUGAGGAUGCUAGUCUUAGUAUUUGCUAUGGCCUGUGGCAUUUAUAUCUGUUCAGUAUGUUUAAAACAAACAAAGUACCACGACAUAGAAGUUAGUCAGAGGCAAUGUCUUGAUAGCACCAUUAGUAUGCCUCAAACUCCAAUCUGGCACUACCCGAAGCCCACUUCAUUUAGCAGGGCUGAAUGUGCUAAUAAUCCAGUGCGGCUUUUUGCUAUUCUAUCGAUGCAAAGAUCUGGAAGCGGAUGGUUUGAGACAUUGUUGAACAACCACACCAAUGUAAGCUCAAAUGGGGAGAUAUUUUCUGUUAAAGAAAGAAGAAGCAAUGCUUCUUCAAUCAUGUGGACUCUGGAUAGAGUUUACAAUUUGGACCUGUUCACAAGUGCUUCCAAGAAUGAAUGCUCAGCCGCAGUUGGCUUCAAGUGGAUGCUUAACCAGGGUUUGAUGCAGUACCAUAAGGAAAUUGCAUAUUACUUCAACGACAGAGGUGUUUCUGUAUUGUUCCUUUUCCGGAGAAAUCUUCUUAGGCGGAUGGUUUCUGUUCUUUCCAAUUCUUACGACCGCUAUGCCAAACUCCUAAAUGGGACACACAAGUCUCACGUGCACUCACAUGAAGAGGCUGAGGCUCUGUCCAAAUAUAAACCAGAAAUCAACUCAACAUCGUUAGUGAAGGAUUUAAAGACCAUGGAGAAUAUGUUCUUGGAGGCACUGGAGUAUUUCAGCAGCACAAGGCAUAUGAUUUUAUAUUAUGAAGAUCUCAUAAAGAAUCGAACCAAACUGAUGGAUGUUCAAAGAUUUCUUGGGCUACCGGAGAUGGAUUUAAGCAGCCGGCAGGUGAAGAUACAUCGAGGAUCAUUGUCGGAGCAUAUCAAGAAUUGGGAUGACAUCGACAAGACUCUACGAGGAACGGUAUACGAAAGCUUCCUCAGCACUGACUACAGUAAUUAGAGUUAAGAGUCCAUUAAUUUGAAACUGAUGUAUUGUAGGAGAGUCUCACAUUUUUGGCAGGUGAUCAAUGCAAUUGUUGAUCUCUGUUUCCAAUCCAAUUGUUCAAAGCCUUUUUUCUUUUAUCACUUUCUUUGUUUUUCUUUAUUAUUUUCUAAGGCACAUAGGAUGUAUAGGUCUGUGAUUUGUGCAUAGACAUACAUAGAUGUGAAGCCAACCUACAGCGCCAUCAAUCGAUUUCAUCUGUGCAUUUUUAUCUA